AUGCCUUUAGAGAAGCAUGUUCCUCCCCGCAAACCUGGCUUCACCGAUGACUUGUGCCGAAUUCGAAUGCAUCAUGACGUGGCUGGGGUCGAAGGGGGUCUAAUCCCACUUUCCACAAAGACGCAUACAGUCACGUUUAAUGCUUCUAAUCCGAACGGUUCAGCUGAUAUUUUUCAAAACACUUUGAUGUCCAAUCAUUUACCGCCGGUAGAAUUCGGUCAAGCUUUUGAAUUUUCGCCAGAAAGCAACUUUAUUGAUCGCAAAUUAUUGAAGCAGAAGAAUAAUAAGGUGGUUAAUGCUACUGAAGGGAUUUCGACUUCUGAUGAUGACAUCCCCGCACAGUACCAGUCCAUUUUCACAUAUGAAAGUGUAUUUCAGGACUUCCACAAGACACCAGGUGAUUCGGGAGAAGAACCCGAGGUUGCAUUUGGCGGUGCUACCUACCUUUUCCUCGUUUUAUUGUCCGUCUUUCUUCUUCUGUUCACCUUUCCAAUCACUUCUCUUUUCUGCAUUAAGGCUUUAACAGCCGAUGGGGGUCGGGUAGAAAUCGGCUGUCUUAUGGUCUUCCACAUCGUCGAGGCUGAAUUGGCCGUGAAUUACUGGGCACGUGAUCCCCGUGAUCUUGUUCUAAAGAAAGCGCAAUCAGCACUCUUGGCCGCCGUUUGUCGAAUCAAUUGGAGCGACAUCGUCUCCGGCCAUGCUUUACCCGACAUUGCUUGCGAUGUUCGAGCCUCUGUUAACUUGUGCUGCUCGCCCUAUGGGAUCCAGAUCUUGGAGGUAAAGUUAUCCGAAGCCACGUCGGUGCAGGAGCCUUCGGUCACCUCAGAUAGGGCUUACAGCAUUGAUUUUCAAAACCUAGGGAAACAGAUCGCGAGCCUUUCGCCACUGUUGACUGGUGGAGGGAGUGCUGGAGACAGUCAUACGGCUUCGGUGCAAUUCACCGCGGUAAUCAGUCAAAUAGCAUCUCUGAAGUUGUCACAGGGUAAUAACUCUUAUACAACAACAGCAUCAAUGCCAAUAAGUAGCGUCACAGAUCAAGCGAGUUUGGAGAAAGUGGAUGAGGUGAUUGAACAGGCUCUCUCUAGGGGUCGAGUUUACCUAGUCAACGAAAAGGCUCGAGCAGCUCUGGGGGGUACAAGUCUCCAGGUCUUUGUCUACACCUCGGACAUCCGAAAUAAGCGCGAUUAUGCUGCUGCAUUCUACUUGGACUCAGAUACAGGUAAAGGGGAACGUGGUGUCUUAGACUUCAAGAAACCCUCUGCCACAAUUCACAUAAAUGAGGUCAACCUCGCUGGAAUCCUUGAUGGACGUUUGGAUCUCUUGGAGGCGCUGAAAAAUUCCCAAAUUCGUUUCGCUGGAAGUCUCCUAGCCCUCUCCAGGCUACGCUUCCUCCUCCAAUUCCAGUAG